UGUGUCAUAAUCUGUUAAUCAUAAUCUCUAAUAAUUGUUAUUUCAUAAUCUCACAGAUAUCUUGCUGUAUCACAGAAGAGGACAACAUGGGCAAUGUUCUCCACCGAAGGAGAGACGAGCCUCCGCCAUCAAAAAGACAGAUUCUAUCUGAUGUUGACAUCCAAGUCAGUCGCCAUAACAACAACAACCGCAAUAACAGCAACAACACCAAAGUGACGGAGGAGCCCUUCCCUCUAAAUAAGCAACAAACUGUCACUCAGGAGGAGGAGGGCGGCCUUCAGGCUCCUAAAAGGGCCUCAGAAGCCCCUGCCGACGACACCGCCCCGACUUCAUCUGAAGAAGUGGCAGAUAAAUCUGUCAUCAAACAGGCGUGGAGGCUGGAGGUGGGGAAGGCAUCAAGCGGCAAAAAGCCGCUCGGCGGCGGUGGUGGCAUCACAACAUCCCCUCCGCCUCCCCGGCCGUCUGGUGUCACCUCGGUGAAGAGCGCCGUCUUUGAAAAGUGGGCCUCCAUGGACAGGGAUCACCAGCGGCCGUUGGCCAAGAGGCAGCUGUCUGACGAGAGCAAGGCGUCAGCCACCUCCGGCAGGGUGAAGAAGAACGCCGUGAAAAGGGACCCUGUUGGGGGACGGCAGACGCUCAGUGCUGACACUACCCAGAACAGGCACACAGAGAGCAGUGGUGGAGGUGGUCCACGGACAACCCUCAAGCCACACGCUACGCGCAGAAAGUUUCAAAAAGAUUUUUUCCCACACACAGAUGUCUUCCAGAAGGUUGAUUCCCAUGCUAUCAAAGCUGGGGAAGAGUUAAGGAGCAAGAAGGUCUACUCAGUGCAGAAGAUUGCACAAGCCAUCACCGAGGGUGCACAAACUGAUCUGCAGAAACUUCGAGCAAUCUGGAUAUGGAUUUGCCACAACAUCGAAUAUGAUGUGAGUGGAUACUUGGGGCUGACCAAGAAGGUGACCUCUCCUGAGCAGGUGAUUGAGACUGGCCGAGGAGUAUGCUGUGGAUACUCCAGUGUCCUCCAGCAGAUGUGCAGGGUGGUGGGAAUCGAAUGUGAGGAGGUUUCUGGUCAUGGUAAAGGUGUUGGAUAUCGGCAAGGCCAAACAUUCCAGAACACUAAGUCCAGCCACAUGUGGAAUGCAGUUCAUCUGGAAGGUCAUUGGUACCUAUUGGACUCCUGUUGGGGGGCGGGCAGAGUGGAUUUAGACAAUAAAGCUUUCAUCAAAAGAUAUGAUGAUUUCUACUUCUUGACUGAUCCUGAAAACUUCAUCAACUCUCACUGUCCAGACGAAGCCGAAUGGCAGUUAUUGAAUGACCCCAUCCCUCUGAACGAGUUUGAGAAGAGGGUUUUGAAAACAUCUGAAUUCUACCGACUGGGCCUGACCCUCAUUUACCCAAAGCAUUUUCUCCUGGUGACAGAAAAUGGCGAAGCUACCAUCUCCAUGAGUUAUCUCCAGCCGCUGGACUUCACAUACCAGGCCUCCCUGCACAGCGGAGCUGAUCAGAAGGAACCGAACGCGUCCAUCGGGAUUCUCACCGUCACCAAGGGAACCAUGAAGCUGAAGCUGAUGCCGCCCGUGUGUGGCACGUUCGGCGUCAUGGUGUUCGCCCGGCCCGCCAACACCACGGGAACGUUCAGCUGGGUCUGUUCCUUCCUGCUGGAGUGUCCAGAGCCGGCGCCGGUCGAGGAGCUCCCCGAGAACCCCUUCCUCUCCUGGGGUCUGCAGCAGAAUGCCACAAGCUUAGGCCUGAAGCCAUGCAGCUAUGGGUCAGACACCAUGCUACUGAACUCUGGCUCCUUCGAGCUGGUGCUACACACGACCAGACCUCUCAUGAUGCUGUGUGAACUAACCCACAGGGACCUUGAUCAGACACUGGCAAAGCGAUGUCUAGCCACACAAAUUGAGCCUAACCAGCUCACCUGCCAUGUGCUCUGCCCGUAUAUGGGCUACUAUCGGCUGUCUGUGUUUGUGCGCGACUACGAGAGUGCGGGUGAACGCUUCCAAAACGCAGGCAACUUCCUGCUCCGCUGCACAGGUGGUGCCAUCAAUCUCAACGAGCUCUUUCCCGCCAACCUCAGCGCCUCCUGUGGCCCUGGAGUGAGGACGCUCAACGCCGGCCUGACCAAGUUCAGCCACGCCUCAGCCCAGCUCGUCACGCAGCAGGGCAAAUGCAACAUCACCUUCAACAGCUCACAGGACCUGGAGCUGCACGCCGUGCUCACCAAAGAUCACCGCAAGCGUCCCGGCUACCCCCUCUCGCGGCACGUCUUCUUCACCCACAACGGCAGCAAGGUCACCGUCAGCGUCGCUCUGCCAGAGCCCGGCGUCUACAAGCUGAGCCUGUACGGCAAAGCCGCCACCUCCGCCGCCAACCAGGACUUCAACCUGCUUUGUGACUUUGUCCUGCGGAGCAGCUCGGAGACACCGUGGCCGCCGUUCCCUUGCGGCUACGCGGCCUGGCAGAGGGGCAGCGUGCUGUUCGAGCCCCGCAGCGGCCUGCUGGAGGCGGGCACCUGGGUGCGGUUCCGGGUGCGGGUGCCGGGCGCCCAGCGCGUGAGCGUGCAGGGCGAGCAGCGCGUCGAGCUGCAGCUGAACAAGAGCCGCGUGUGGGAGGGGGAGGUGUUCACAGGAAACAGCGCCACCCAGCUCAAACUGGCCACCGCCGGUACUGCAGGCUGUGAGGGGAGCUCUAACAACAACAUGGCCAUCAUCAUGUCCUUUGACGUUCUGACUGAACAAAAUGAACUGUGAGGUGGACAAGAGCAUCAUGGACUCUAAAGAAGAUUUAACCACAUCAAAAAAGUAGUUUGCCGCACUGUUCUAAAAUAAAAAUAAGCAACUUAAACAUCUGUGCGAUCUGGUGGUCCUAUACUUUUAGGGUGCGAACAUCAGUUUGAAUGGAGAGAGAUGCUGAGGCUCACAAUGGGCUGGGAGGCAAUGAGUUAUGGGUUGAUGACAAGAUAUGAACUGUGAAAUCACAAAAACAGUGGUAACAUGUUAUGUAGAACAUUUACAACCAAUGGUUCAUGUGUCCUUUGCUGCAAAUUGAAUCAUGCGAACCUUUAUUAAAAUGUAUGUAUUAUGCAUUAUGUAUUUAUGUUUUAUGUAUAUAUGUAUAGUUAUAUAUUUAUGGAGUAUUUUGUUCUAAAGAAUUAUGUGUGGUACUGUACCUUUAGUAAUUGCAAAAAUAAUAAAAAGUAUAAUGUGCUUUACAAUG